AUGGCUGUCCGUGCUCAAUUCGAAAACAAUAACGAGGUUGGCGUCUUCGCCAUGCUCACCAACAGCUACUGCCUGGUCGCCGUCGGAGGUUCCGAGAACUUUUACAGUGUCUUUGAGGCCGAGUUGAAGGAUGUGAUCCCCGUCAUUCACACCAGCAUUGCCGGCACCCGCAUCAUCGGCCGUCUCUGCGUCGGUAACCGCCACGGACUCCUUGUCCCCUCCACCACCACAGAUCAGGAACUUCAGCACUUGAGAAACUCGCUUCCCGACUCUGUUGCCAUUCAGCGUGUUGAGGAGAGACUUUCGGCUUUGGGUAACGUUAUUGCCUGCAACGACUACGUCGCAUUGGUUCACCCCGAUAUCGAUCGCGAGACUGAGGAGAUUAUUGCCGACGUCUUGAAGGUCGAGGUCUUCAGACAGACUAUUGCCGAUAACGUCCUCGUUGGAUCUUACUGCGCCUUGAGCAACCAGGGUGGUUUGGUUCACCCCCGCACAUCUAUUCAGGAUCAGGAUGAGUUGUCAUCAUUGCUCCAGGUUCCUUUGGUCGCUGGUACUGUUAACCGUGGUUCGGAUGUUAUUGGUGCCGGAUUGUUGGUCAAUGACUGGUGUGCGUUCGCUGGUUUGGACACGACCUCUACAGAGUUGUCUGUGAUCGAGAGUAUCUUCAAGCUCCAGGAUAACGGCCCCUCUGCCAUUGUCGAGGAUAUGCGUGAUUCCCUUGUCGACUCUAUGGUUUAA